CCUGCACUCUCUUCUUCACUACUCCCAUCCACCUUAGCCCCUCUUUCUCUCCUUUUGAGAAUCUCUUUCUCCAUUGGAAACUGAAGCUGAAACCAUGAAGCAAAGCUUUCACUCUCAUCUCCUCCUCUUCCUUUUCCUUGUUCUUCUCAUCUCCCAUUCAACACCUACAGCAGCUCGUCUCUUAACAGAAGAAAAAAGUAAGAUAGUUGCAGAGAUGGUAAAGGUUGAUGAGCUUGUUCAGAAUGGUGGUUUAGGAAAGGAAGAAGUGGAUGCGUCAUGGGCUAAUCUGAUGGGUAUGGAAGAUUGUGGUGAUGGAGAUGAAGAUUGCUUGAAGAGAAGGAUGGUUGCAGAAGCCCACUUGGACUACAUUUACACCCAGCACCAUAAACCUUAGAAUAUAUAUUUCAGAACAAAGGAAUGAAAUUAUAGUGAUAAUAUCAUAGCUUACCUUGCAACUUGUAACUACUGUCAUGUCUCCUGAAGUCCGUCUUCUAGACUUUGAUGCUACUGCAAUACUUUCAAGACCUUCCAUGGAAACAGAGUCCCUCUAUGUAUUAAUGAUAAUAUAGAAGGUUACAACUCCAUAGAUGACUUAUUAGUCUUCAAAAUAAGGGAUGGGUUCUUUAUUCCUUUUUCAUGUCAGAUUGUGGGGUAAAUAUAUGAAAAUCUGAAGUAUAAAUAAAUCAUCUGUGGUUGUGGAGUAAA